AUGGCUCUUAUGGAAGCUAAGGUCAAGAGCGUGCUCUCUGGAGACACACUUGUCCUACACAACAUCAAGAACCCUUCUCAAGAACGCACUCUGAGCUUGGCCUUUGUCAGCGCUCCUAGGAUACGCAGAGAGGGUGACGAGCCUGGUGCUUUCCAGUCCAGAGACUUUGUCCGCAAGCUUUGCGUUGGCAAGGUUGUUCGAUUCGCCGUUCUCUACAACAUCCCCACGCCUUCACCUCGCGACUACGGUGUUAUCAUCUUGCAAAGCGGCCAACAUUUGCUCGACCUCGUUGUACGUGAGGGCUUGGUCAAGCUCAGAGACGAUGCUGGUAAAAAGGAGGAUACACCACAAGGCACCGAGUUGCUCGAGAGGUUGCAAGCUCUCGAGAGUCACGCCAAGGUCGACGAGAAGGGUCUCUGGAACCCCGACCAACAACGCAUCGACAAUGUUCAAGACCUGUCAGACCCUCGGGCCUUCUCCGAAGCAUACAAGGGUCAGCCCAUUGACGCCAUUGUUGAACGUGUCCUGAGCGCAGACCGCCUCAUCUGUCGUCUGUUGGUCCAGCCCACAAAGCACACUCAAACAAUUGUCUUGCUUGCUGGUGUCCGCGCCCCUGCCACUAAGAGAAUUAACCCCUCAGAUCAAUCAGAGCAACCCGCAGAGCCUUUUGGUACCGAAGCACACCGCUUCGUCGAGGAGAGAUUGCUGCAGCGUGGUGUUCAAGUCCGCAUCCUCGGUGUUUCACCCAACAACCUUCUGGUCGGAGAAGUCAGACACCCUAUGGGCAGCAUUGCUGAAUUCCUUCUCAAGGCCGGUCUCGCUCGUUGCACUGAUCACCACUCGACAUGGCUCGGUCCCGAGAUGGCCAAGCUUAGACAGGCCGAACGCUAUGCCCGGGAUAACAAGCUGGGUCUUUUCGAAGGUCACGUCUCGCAAAGGUCAGCUGGUACAGGCCAAAUCGAAGCCACAGUCAGCCGCGUCUUCUCUGCCGAUACCCUUUACCUGCGCAACAAGGCUGGAGCUGAGAAGCGUGUCAACCUCAGCAGUGUUCGUCAACCCAAGCCUUCAGACCCUAAGCAAUCACCAUUUGGUGCCGAGGCCAAGGAGUUCUUGCGCAAGCGUUUGAUCGGAAAGCACGUCAAAGUCACCAUCGACGGCAAGCGACCCGCUACUGAAGGAUUUGAUGAGCGUGAGAUGGCCACUGUUACUCUCAACGACGAGAACGUCAGUCUUAUGCUCGUUGAGCAAGGAUACGCCUCGGUCAUCAGACACCGCAUGGAUGAUACCGACCGUUCGCCUAUCUACGACGACCUCCUUGCCGCCGAGGAGGCUGCACAGAGCGCUGGAAAGGGCAUGUGGAACCCUAAGCCCCCUAAGAAGACCGAAUAUGUCGACUACAGUGCUUCCGUUGACCAGGCCAAACGCCAGCUCACCCUCCUGUCUCGCCAAAGAAAGGUUCCUGCUGUCGUCGACUUUGUCAAGAGUGGAAGCAGAUUCACUGUAUUGGUACCUCGUGAGAAUGCCAAGCUCACUUUCGUCCUAUCCGGUAUCAGCGCACCUCGCUCGGCUCGCAACCCCAACGAGAAGGGCGAGCCUUUCGGUCAAGAAGCACACGAAUUCGCAAACCGCAGAUGCCAGCAACGCGACGUUGAAAUCGAUGUUGAAGGCACCGACAAGGUUGGCGGCUUCAUCGGCCAGCUGUACGUCAACCGUGAGAGCUUCGCUAAGCUGCUCGUCGAGGAGGGUCUUGCUUCGGUCCACGCCUACAGUGCAGAGAAAUCUGGCAACGCAAACGAGCUCUUCGCCGCCGAGCAAAGGGCAAAGGAGGCCAGACGUGGCAUGUGGCACGACUGGGACCCUUCGAAAGAGGCUGCUGAAGAAGGUGAGGAGUACGACGCUUCUGCUGGUACUGCUGGCAUGAACGGUGAUGCUCCUGCCGAGCGUCGCAAGGACUACCGCGACGUUGUCGUCACUAACAUUGACCCUACCAACGCACGCAUUAAGAUCCAAGAGAUCGGAACUGGCACAGCAGCCUUGACCGAUCUCAUGAACUCGUUCCGCUCCUUCCACAUUUCAUCGUCAGCCAACAAGCCCCUCGAACAAGCACCCAAGGCCGGCGAUUUCGUGUCUGCUAGAUUCAGCGAAGACAACGAAUGGUACCGCGCCCGCGUCCGCCGUAACGACCGCGAGAACAAGACAUCCGAGGUUGUCUACAUUGACUACGGCAACAGCGAAACAAUCCCUUGGUCGCGCCUUCGCGCCCUCGACCCCACCCGCUUCGGUGUGCAAAAGUUGCGCGCCCAAGCCCUCGAUGCCACCCUCUCCUUCCUCCAAUUCCCCACCGCCCCUGAAUACCUCCGCGAAGCCGUCAACAUCAUUAGCGAUUGCACUGCCGACCGCCAGUUGGUUGCCAAUGUCGACUACAUUGACCCUCGCGAGGGAACUCUUCACGUCACCCUGUUCGAUCCUAAGCAGAGCGACAGCUUGAACGAGAGCGUCAAUGCCGAUAUCAUCUCUGAAGGCUUCGCCAUGGUGCCCAAGAAGCUCAAGGCUUGGGAGAGAGCUGCUGGAGAUGUGCUUGCUGAUCUCCAGGCCCGUGAGGCUGAAGCCAAGGAGCGUAGACUUGGUCAGUGGGAGUAUGGUGAUUUGACUGAGGAUUAG